UGUCAUUACUGUCAUUAAUAAUUGAGACUCAUCCUCAUAUUUAUGGUUUCAAUUUAUAUUGUUUAAUUGAAAUUGAGUUGUGAAUAUAAAGUAGUAAAAUAUAAUUAAAACACGAGCUAGUAUUCACUUACUACAAUAACAACAAUGUCCAAAGUAAAUGAAGUUGCUGAUUUGUACAAACAAUUGAAAUCCGAAUGGAAUACAAAAAACCCAAACUUAAGUAAAUGCGAGAAACUCCUGUCUCAACUGAAGCUCGAAUUGACUAAUUUGAUGUUUCUGCCAACUUCAACGGCCACAGCUACAAAGCAGGAAUUACUUCUAGCCCGUGAUGUCUUAGAAAUCGGUGUACAAUGGAGUGUAGCAGCCAACGAUAUAACCGCGUUCGAAAGAUACAUGGCUCAAUUGAAAUGCUACUAUUUCGAUUACAACAACCAGCUUCCUGAAUCUGCAUUCAAGUAUCAAUUACUGGGAUUGAAUCUUCUGUUUUUAUUGUCGCUUAACAGAGUGGCGGAAUUUCAUACGGAGUUAGAACUUCUGCCGGCUGAUCAUAUACAGAACGAUGUGUACAUAAGGCAUCCCUUAUCGAUUGAGCAAUACUUAAUGGAAGGAAGUUACAAUAAGAUCUUCCUUGCAAAAGGUAAUGUUCCCGCAGCGAGCUACACCUUUUUUAUGGACAUACUGCUUGAUACGAUCAGAGUUGAAAUUGCGGAUUGUUUAUCAGUAGCGUAUGAAAAGAUAUCUGUAAAGGAUUUUACUAGAAUGCUCUACUUGCCGAAUGAAGAAGCUGCUAAAAAUUUUGCCAAAAAGGCUUUUCAAAACAAGGCUUGGAAAUUAGACCAUGACUACUUCUAUUUCAUUCCCGAACAGAAGGCACACGAACCUAUUCCUUCGAAGGAAUUGGCCCAGCAAGCAAUUGAAUACGCUAAGGAACUUGAAAUGAUCGUUUAAGAUAAUUUUUGAUUCGCUUAUUUAUUAAGAAUUACAUUUUAUAUUGAACAA